GAAGCCUCAGCUCACUGUCCCUCACUGUACCUUUUUCACUUUCUCUUAAAAACAGAGAAAAAAGUUGAAAAAAGCCAAUAUAAAGUAGAGAAAACCUCUACAGAGUUCUUCAUUUGCGGUCUCGCGGAGCUCCCCAGAACGCAAAAUUCAGGUUCAAUGAAAACAAUUUCAAAUUGAAAAUCAUGCAUUGCUCUUCCAGAAGGCAAUCAAGUAUGAAGAAAGAAAAUGAACUUACUGAAAAAAUUGAAGAGCCUGCAGGACGGAUUACUCGAGCACGUGCUAAAGCACAGGGAGGUGCAGCCUCAAAAUCGUCCUUCAAACAAGUUCAAAAAUGUGUUCAUCGAAUGAACUCCAAACGUGCAUCAUCUGAUGAGAACAAGGCUUCUGUGACUGCUACUGUUGGCCUUGAGCCUAAAAGAAGGGCAGUGCUUAAAGAUGUAACGAAUGUCUGUGCUGACGAUAUGCACAUGGACUGCUUAAAUGCAAAAAAAAAUCAGACCUCCAAGAAAACCAUUAGAGAUCCUAGAGGGAAGAACAAAGAAAUGGUUGAAGAUAUCUUCACGGAGAUUCCAUUAGUGGAAGAUGUGAAAGCAAAGUUAGCUGAAGACUUGUCAAAAAUAAUGAUGAUGGAGGCACAAGAAAGCACUUUAACAGUAAAACUGGAAAAAAGAGCAGUAGCAGAGCCUAAGUGUCAUGCUGAAAAAGAAUGUGCUGUACCAGAUUCAAUGCCUCCAAUACAGGCUUUUACCAUGCCUAUUGGACACCAAAGCCCUCAAAAUAAAGAAGAAGAUGAGGUUUGCAAGAAAUUAGAAGGCUCGAAAGAUGUUGUCGAUAUUGAUUUAAACCUAAAAGAUCCUCGAGUGUGUAGCUUGUAUGCCCCCGACAUAUACAAUUAUAUACGUGUUACUGAGCUUAACCGAAGACCUUCAACUAAUUAUAUGGAGCAGGUGCAGAAGGAUAUUACCCCAAGCAUGCGAGGAAUUUUGAUUGACUGGCUAGUGGAGGUUUCUGAAGAAUAUAAGUUAGUCCCAGACACACUGUACCUCACUGUGAGCCUCAUCGAUCGUUUUCUCUCCCACAAUUUUAUAGAAAAACAUAGACUCCAGCUACUUGGUGUUACCUGCAUGCUAAUUGCAUCAAAGUACGAAGAGAUUUGCGCACCAAGAGUGGAAGAAUUCUGCUUCAUCACUGAUAAUACCUACACCAGAGGAGAGGUAUGGUUUUUCAGUGUUGAAAUGGAGAGCAAAGUUCUGAAUUUCUUGUAUUUUCAUCUCUCUGUUCCAACCACAAAAACAUUUCUCAGGAGAUUCAUUCAAGCAGCACAAGCAACUUACAAAGAUCCGUGCAUGGAACUAGAGUUCUUAGCAAAUUAUUUGGCAGAGCUGAGCCUAGUUGAGUACAACUUCUUAAAGUUCUUACCUUCCCUCAUCGCUGCAUCCGCUGUAUUCCUUGCUAGAUGGACCCUCAAUCAAUCAGUGCAUCCAUGGAAUCCAACCUUGGAGCAUUAUACUAGUUACAAGGCAUCAGAUCUGAAAACUACUGUACUUGCAUUGGAGGAAUUGCAACUCAAUACUAAUGGUUGUUCCCUCAAUUCCAUUCGCGACAAGUACAAUCAACAGAAGUUCAAAUGCGUAGCGACAAUGAGUUCCUCAGAAAGAGCUGUAUCGGUCUUCUCAAGAAGAUGAAGGAAAGACAGUUUGUCUUCUAAGACGUAAAAACAAUGACCAUUUAUUCCUCCUUGCCUGGAGAAUCAUCAUCCAAUCUUAAAAAAAAGUUCAAGUUUUAGUUAUAAAGUUCCUUUAAAUUGUGCCCUCAAUUCAAUCUUGUUGUAAGUUGUAGCAUUGUUGGCUUGACGGCUCUGGACCUUCCAGUUCCCGACCAACUUCACUACAACAUUGUGUAAUUUGUAAGUGUCAUGUUUUCCAGUCU